AUUGUCGAGAGGGAUGAGGAGCCAUUUCAGACACCUCAUUUGCUGCCUUCUGUGUUUGGGCAUCCCUUCAUUUGUCUUUAGCCCUUGAAUUGGGUCUCUGCAGCCCUCUGUGCCCAUGUUCCAUGUGCAGCAUUGUCAGCCUUCUUCUUGCCAAGUCCUAAGGACUUGGCAGCUUUGCCUUUUCUGAGGGUUGAAGCUUGCAGCAAGGAGUCCUUGGUGGGGAAGGUAACUCGGCGUGAGACAGGGCCAGUUGCUCAGGGAGGCAGGUCCAUAUGCUGAGCUGCCACAUCUUUGCUGUUCUGAGCUCACAUCAGCCUCUGGCAUGGGGAGGUGCUGGGCUGAGCCAGGAGAGGGGAGACACAAACCCUGAGAGCACGUGCAUGCCCAAGCUGCCAUGCUCAGGUGAGAAAUCCCUGCUCUUCCUCCCCUCUUCCCCCUGCAAACAGCCCCACUCUGCUUCCCAGCUCUAGCCUUUGCUCCAGCCCUUUCUCCAGUUUGCUCUUGGCACUGCCAGCUCCAUCAGAAGGGAUGUGUUGUCAGUCCCAGGCAUUGCUCAGGGUGGCAGGAGCUCUUGGCACCUGAGCACACCUGAAAGGCAGAGGGGUGCCCUGCUGCUGAGCUGCGUGGCUGGAAGGUGCUCCUUCCCAGCCUGGUUGGAGCAAGUCUGCAGUGCCCCUGGGGUGCCUGGAGUUGCUUUGCUUCAGCUCCCCCAGCAAAAUCCGUGUAGAGCUCAGGAGAGCUGGUAAAUGAGCCCAAGCCCAUAGUGUCUGGUUUUACCCAUAGCUUGUCAUGGCUUCAAAUUGGCUGCUCCUCAAUGAUUUCCUUCAUGGGGCUGUGUCCAAUCCCUCUUGCUGCAAACACACGCUGUGUUUGAUUCCCUUUGCAUGGUGUCAGCACCAGGCUGAGGCUUGCUUUGAUCUCAGAGAGUGUUUGCUGGGCGCCACGAGCUCAGUUUUGUGCUUGGAAAGUCAUAGUGAGCUGGCAAGGGGUUGGGUGAGACACCAAACCUGAUCUUGCAUUAGCCCUUUUCCCCAGAGGAUCCUGGACAGGGCCAACAUCAUUUCUGCCUGGGUAAACUCUGGAGGAAGGGUGGAAGGUGUCUUCAGGGGAAAGAGAAGCACAAACCAGCACAUUCCACCAUACACCAACUUGCUGUGCUGUGCUCUGGCUCAGGACACGCUCUGGCACACAGCAUCUUGUAGCUCAGGCUGGGGAGGGCUGGGUACCAAAAGUGCUGUGGGAUUUUGGGGGCUGGAUUGCAAAGCACCUGCUCAAAACAGAGAGGACAGCCAGGGCACUCGAGUGAUGCCAACUGUGCUGACAUCCCCAGGAAAGCCAGUGCUUGAACCAACAGCUCUUGGCUGAAUCAGGAGCUUUAGGAGUCAGUGUUUCUUCCAACAGAAGUCAUUCUGUUCACUGCAGCUCUUCUCUAAGGGCAGUGGGAAGGGAGCCCUGACACUUGCCAAGUGGCAGGGGCCAGAGCUGGCACGGAGAGAGCCACCAUCCCAUGGAGCAGCUCAGGGGAGAGCGCUGGCCGAGGCUGGGAUUGCGGGGAUGGGGAAGGAUAAGACAUCCCAUGUGGACCUGGAGGACAUAGCUGUGGCCUUGAAGCUCUCAUCAGCUCGGUCACCUCCUCUCUACUGCCCAAUGAGCUGCACUGUUGCCCUGGAAGGAGUUUUGGUUCUCUGCCCCUGUGUCACGACAGAUGUGGGGCACCCACCAAACUGGGUGGGUGAAAUAAUGAUUCCUGACUCCCCCUCAGCAGGAACCUGGGGAGAAGUGGUGAACACCCAUGGUCCCGUUGAGCCAGACAAAGACAAUAUCCGUCAGGAGCCAUACACUUUGCCUCUGGGCUUCACCUGGGAUGCCCUGGACCUUGGAGAUAGAGGCGUGCUGAAAGAGCUCUACACGCUGCUGAACGAGAACUACGUGGAGGACGAUGACAACAUGUUCCGCUUCGAUUACUCUCCCGAGUUCCUGCUGUGGGCGCUGCGUCCUCCAGGCUGGUUGCCCCAGUGGCACUGUGGAGUCCGAGUUGUCUCCAGCAAGAAGCUGGUUGGAUUUAUCAGUGCGAUUCCAGCCACCAUCCACAUCUAUGACACAGACAAGAAGAUGGUAGAGAUAAAUUUCCUGUGCGUGCACAAAAAGCUGCGCUCGAAGCGGGUGGCUCCGGUUCUGAUCCGGGAGAUCACACGACGGGUGCAUCUGGAGGGGAUCUUCCAGGCUGUUUACACGGCGGGAGUGGUGCUGCCAAAGCCUGUGGGGACUUGCAGGUAUUGGCACCGGUCCCUGAAUCCUCGGAAACUCAUCGAGGUCAAGUUUUCCCACCUGAGCAGGAACAUGACUAUGCAACGUACCAUGAAGCUUUACCGGUUGCCCGAGACUCCCAAGACUCCCGGCUUGCGGCCAAUGGAGCACAAAGAUAUCUCUGCAGUGCACAAGCUCUUGACCGAGUACCUGAAGCAGUUCCACCUGACACCCGUCAUGAGCCGAGAGGAGGUGGAACACUGGUUCUUACCUCAGGAGAACAUCAUCGACACCUUUGUGGUGGAGAGUGCCCCAGGGGAGGUGACAGACUUCCUGAGCUUCUACACUCUGCCCUCCACCAUCAUGAACCACCCGACCCACAAGAGCCUGAAAGCUGCUUACUCCUUCUACAACGUUCACACCAAGACGCCUCUCAUCGACCUCAUGAGUGAUGCUCUCAUCCUCGCCAAGUCGAAAGGAUUCGACGUCUUCAAUGCACUGGAUCUCAUGGAAAACAAAACCUUCCUGGAGAAGCUGAAGUUUGGGAUUGGGGAUGGGAACCUGCAGUAUUACCUGUACAAUUGGAAGUGCCCCAGCAUGGCACCAGAGAAGGUCGGGCUGGUGUUGCAGUAGACGAGCCAUGGCCAGGAGAGCGCGGCGCUGCCGAGGAGCCAGGCCCAGCGGGGUCCUGGCCUCAUCCUUUCUGCCGGCGCCGGAGCAGCACCGGGAGCGGUGGCACCGACCCCGUCACCCACUGCCUGGAGUCACCGUCCCGCCGGCGCCAGCUGUCUCCUUUGUGUUGAUUUAAUUGCAUCCUCCUAAAGACAUGAUCAAGGGAAUGUAACUGCUGAAACUAGCUCAUGAUUGGCAUAUAAUGGAGUUAACGGGUGAAUAAUAAAAGUAUAUAUUAUAUAUAUUUUAAA